CUAUAGUUCAAUAUCCCAUUCUGGGGCACAUAUUGCAUUUCAAAUUCGGACUCGCGGAUCCUCGACUUCAAGGCACUGCAACAAUUCCCCCCACCCUGAAGUGCACACAGGGACUUGGACAGGUCCACAUAGACGUGUGUGUGUAGCUCGCCCCAGGUGACGUCAACGAAGAGUAAGAGGAAGUGACAUCAUCCAGUUGUCUUCAGCAGCAGGGCUACGCAGAGCCACACAAAGCAGCCAAUGGGAGCAGGGAAGCUGGCCCGGGUGCUGCUGGGAUGGGCGGCCGUGUACUGGGCUUCAGUCCACACGGCGUACGGCCAGGCGGGUGCGGGAGACGGAGGGUACCAAGCCAGCCGCUUCACGGGGAAGGUGGACGAGAGGGAGGUGCAGAGGGUUCGACGGAGAGGACAGGAGACACUCAGAGGGCCCAAUGUGUGUGGCUCUCGCUUCCACUCCUACUGUUGCCCUGGCUGGAAGACUCUGCCUGCAGGGAAUCAGUGUAUCGUCCCGAUCUGCCGUAACUCGUGCGGUGAUGGCUUCUGCUCCAGACCCAACAUGUGCACCUGCGGCAGCGGCCAUCUCUCCCCCAGCUGUGGGGCCGGAGCCGGAGUGCAGAGCUGUAACGUCAGGUGUAUGAAUGGAGGCAGCUGCCAGGAAGACUCCUGCUCCUGUCAGAAGGGCUACACCGGCAAUCACUGUGGACAGCCUGUGUGUGAGAAUGGUUGCCAGAACGGAGGGCGCUGUAUUGGGCCCAACAGAUGUGCCUGUGUCUAUGGCUUCACUGGCCCGCAGUGCGAGAGAGACUACCGGACUGGGCCCUGCUUUACACAGGUCAACAACCAGAUGUGCCAGGGCCAGCUGAGUGGCAUUGUGUGCACCAAGACCCUGUGCUGUGCCACCAUCGGACGGGCAUGGGGACACCCCUGUGAGAUGUGCCCCGCCCAGCCUCACCCCUGUCGCCGAGGCUUCAUCCCCAACAUCCGCAGCGGCGCGUGCCAGGAUGUGGAUGAGUGUCAGGCCAUCCCCGGGCUGUGUGCAGGAGGUAACUGUAUCAACACAGUGGGCUCCUAUGAGUGUAAAUGUCCCGCGGGCCAUCGCCAGAGUGACACCAGCCACAAGUGCGAAGAUAUUGACGAGUGCAGCACUAUCCCAGGUGUGUGUGACGGAGGUGAAUGCACCAACACAGCCGGCAGCUACGUCUGCACCUGUCCCCGUGGUUACAUCACAAGCACUGACGGUGCCAGAUGUGUAGACCAGCGUGUGGGCACGUGUUUCUCGGCGUUGGCGAGCGGGCGCUGUGCGGGCGACCUGCAGGGCCAGUAUACCAAGAUGCAGUGCUGCUGUGACACGGGCCGCUGCUGGGCAUCUGGACAGAUCCCUGAGAUGUGCCCUGUCAGGGGAUCCGAUGAGUACAGAAGGCUGUGCAUCGAAGGGGUGCCCCAUGGCACAGGUAACGGAGGUUUCCCCCACGGAGGCUUCCCCAAUGGUGGCGGCUAUCCCAACGGUGGCGGCAACGGUCACGGUUACAGCUAUGGCUACAAACUCAACCCCAACGGGCCUAACGGAAACGGUCACCGUGGCAACGGGGGAGGAAUCGGAGGAGGAGGAAUCGGAGGAGGGGGACAGGGAGGAGGAGGCAAUGGUUUUGGAGGAAACGGCGGCGGCCGUAAUAUCGUCCCUGUGUCAGUCAAUGAGACCGUUGACGUGUGUAAACAUUUCACCAACCUGUGUUUGAACGGCCGCUGUAUCCCCACCCCGACCAGCUACCGCUGUGAAUGUAACAUGGGCUACAGACAGGAUGUACGCGGGGAGUGUAUUGAUGUGGAUGAGUGUGUCAGCAACCCCUGUGUCAACGGAGACUGUGUCAACACACCUGGAUCGUACCACUGCAAGUGUCACGAAGGCUACCAGGGAACCCCCACCAAACAGGCCUGCAUUGAUAUUGAUGAGUGCAUCGUAAACGGAGUGAUGUGUCGUAACGGACGUUGUGUCAACACUGACGGAAGCUUCCAGUGCAUCUGCAACGCUGGCUUUGAGCUCACUCCUGAUGGGAAGAACUGCAUAGAUCAUGAUGAGUGUGCCACCACCAACAUGUGUCUCAAUGGAAUGUGUAUCAACGAGGACGGAAGCUUCAAGUGUAUCUGCAAACCUGGCUUCGCCCUGGCACCUAACGGACGUUACUGCACAGACAUUGAUGAGUGCCAGACACCAGGCAUCUGUAUGAAUGGACGAUGUAUCAAUUCUGAGGGCUCCUUCCGCUGUGAGUGCCCACCGGGCCUGGCCAUCGACGUGGAUGGGAGAGUGUGUGUCGACACACACAUGCGUACCACCUGCUACGGUGCCAUCAAGAUGGGCACGUGCUCGCGGCCCUUCCCUGGCGCCGUCACCAAGUCUGAGUGCUGCUGUGCCAGUCCUGAACACGGCUUCGGAGAGCCUUGCCAACCCUGUCCUGCCCGCAACUCAGCUGAGUUCCAGGCAGUGUGCAGCAGUGGGAUUGGCAUUACUGCUGACGGCAGAGACAUCAACGAGUGUGCCUUGGACCCAGACAUCUGUCAGAACGGCAUGUGUGAGAACCUGAGAGGGAGCUACCGCUGCAUCUGUAACAUCGGCUACGAGUCCGACUCCAGCGGCAAGAACUGCGUGGACAUCAAUGAGUGCCUAGUGAACCGUCUGCUGUGUGACAAUGGCCUGUGUAGAAACACCCCCGGCAGCUACUCCUGCUCCUGUCCCAAAGGCUUCGUCUUCAAACCUGACUCUGAGACUUGUGAAGAUAUCAACGAGUGUGAGUCCAGCCCGUGUGUCAACGGAGUCUGCCGCAACAUCGCCGGGUCCUUCAACUGCGAGUGUUCCCACGGCAGCAAGCUGGACUCCACCAACACCAUCUGCGUGGACAGCAUGAAGGGAACGUGCUGGCUGAACAUCCAAGAUGGCCGCUGUGAGGUCAACAUCAACGGCGCCACGCUCAAGUCCGAGUGCUGCUCUACACUGGGAGCUGCCUGGGGCAGCCCCUGUGAACGCUGCGAGAUCGACACUGCCUGCUCCAGAGGGUUUGCUCGUAUGAAGGGAGUCAACUGUGAAGACAUCAAUGAGUGUGAGGUGUUCCCGGGGGUGUGUACCAACGGGCGCUGUGUCAACACCCAGGGCUCCUUCCGCUGUGAGUGUGGCGAGGGGCUCACCCUGGACGGGAGUGGACGCACCUGCGUGGACGUGCGCAGUGAGCAGUGCUACAUGAAGUGGCACGAGGACGAGUGUGGUGAGCCGCUGCCCGGGCGCUACCGCGUUGACAUGUGCUGCUGCUCGGUGGGCGCGGCCUGGGGCAUUGACUGUGAGGAGUGUCCCAAGGCGGGCACCCCGGAGUACAAGGCCAUCUGCCCCAGAGGACCAGGCUUCGCCAACCGAGGAGACAUCCUGACUGGCAGACCCUUCUACAAAGAUGUAAAUGAGUGUAAGGUGUUCAACGGCCUGUGCUCCCACGGAACCUGUCGCAACACCAUCGGCAGCUUCAAGUGUCGCUGCAGCAGCGGCUUCGCCCUCACCAUGGAGGAGAGGAACUGCACAGAUAUUGAUGAAUGUCAUAUCUCUCCGGACCUGUGUGGCCACGGCACCUGCGUGAACACCCCUGGCAGCUUCGAGUGUGAAUGCUUCGAGGGCUACGAAAGUGGCUUCAUGAUGAUGAAGAACUGCAUGGAUAUUGAUGAGUGUGAGCGGAACCCUCUGCUGUGUCGAGGAGGCGCCUGUCUGAACACAGAGGGGAGUUACGAGUGUGAAUGUCCACCCGGACACCAGCUUAGUCCCGAUGGUUCCUCCUGCGAAGAUGUGAACGAGUGCCAGCUGAGUGACAACCUGUGUAAGAAUGGCCACUGUGUCAACAUGGUGGGGAACUACCAGUGCUCCUGUGACACGGGCUACCAGGUUACACCAGACAGACAGGGCUGUGUGGAUAUUGAUGAGUGUACCAUUAUGAACGGAGGCUGUGACACACACUGUACCAACUCAGAGGGCAGCUACGAGUGCAGCUGUAGUGAGGGAUACGCUCUCAUGCCUGACCUCAGGACCUGCGCUGAUAUUGAUGAGUGUGAGGACACCCCUGAUAUCUGUGAUGGAGGCCAGUGCACCAACAUCCCUGGAGAGUACCGGUGUCUCUGCUAUGACGGAUUCAUGGCCUCCAUGGACAUGAGGACCUGCAUCGAUGUGAAUGAGUGUGAGCUGAACCCUAACAUCUGUCUACAUGGGGACUGUGAGAACACCAAGGGAUCCUUCAUCUGUCACUGCCAGCUGGGUUACUUUGUUAAGAAGGGCUCCACCGGCUGCACAGAUAUUGAUGAAUGUGAGAUUGGGGCUCACAACUGUGACAUGCAUGCUGCCUGUCUCAACGUUCCCGGGAGCUUCAAGUGUCGCUGUCGUGAUGGCUGGGUGGGAGACGGCAUCAAGUGUGUGGACGUGGAUGAGUGUUCCACUGAGGAGCACAACUGUAAUCUCAACGCAGACUGUGUCAACACCCCUGGCUCUUACCGCUGUGCCUGCAAGGAGGGCUUCAACGGGGAUGGCUUCUCCUGCUCAGAUAUGGAUGAGUGUGCUGACAACGUGAACCUGUGUGAGAACGGCCAGUGUCUGAACGCUCCAGGGGGCUACCGCUGUGAAUGUGAGAUGGGCUUCACCCCCACCGAGGACAGCAAGGCCUGCCAGGAUAUCGACGAAUGUAACUUCCAGAACAUCUGUGUGUUUGGAACGUGUCAGAAUCUACCGGGGAUGUUCAGGUGUGUGUGUGACGACGGCUACGAACUGGACCGCAGUGGAGGAAACUGCACUGACAUUAACGAAUGUGCGGACCCUGUGAACUGCAUCAACGGCUUGUGUGUGAACACACCAGGAAGCUACCUGUGUAACUGUCCUCCUGACUUCGAGCUCAACCCUACUGGAGUGGGCUGUGUGGACACGCGAGUGGGCAACUGUUUCCUAGAUACGUUGGCGCGUGGCGACGGGGGCAUCUCCUGCAGUGCUGAGAUCGGCGUGGGCGUCACCCGCGCCUCCUGCUGCUGCUCCCUGGGAGGAGCCUGGGGAAACCCCUGUGAACUCUGCCCCCCCAUCAACUCCACGGAGUACAAGACACUGUGUCCCGGAGGAGAGGGCUUCAGACCCAACCCCAUCACUGUCAUCCUGGAAGACAUUGAUGAGUGUCAGGAGCUGCCAGGCCUGUGCCAGGGUGGUAACUGUGUCAACACCUUCGGCAGCUUCCAGUGCGAGUGCCCUGCAGGCUACUACCUCAACGAGGAGACACGCAUCUGCGAGGAUAUUGAUGAGUGCACAGCACACAUUGGAAUCUGUGGUCCUGGUACCUGCUACAACACCUUGGGGAACUACACCUGUGUGUGUCCUCCUGAGUACAUGCAGGUCAACGGAGGAAACAACUGCAUGGACAUGAGGAAGAGCGUGUGUUACCGCAAUUUCAAUGACACGUGUGAGAAUGAGCUGUCGUUCAACAUGACCAAGAAGAUGUGCUGCUGUGCCUACAAUGUGGGCAGGGCCUGGAACAAGCCCUGUGAAGCCUGCCCUACCCCUGCCACCUCGGAGUACCAGUUACUGUGUGGGAACCAGGCUCCUGGGUUCAUCAUAGACAUCCACACGGGCAAGCCCAUCGAUAUUGAUGAGUGUCGAGAGAUCCCGGGGAUAUGUGCCAACGGAGUGUGCAUCAACCAGAUAGGAAGCUUCCGAUGUGAAUGUCCCAUGGGUUUCAGUUAUAACAAUAUACUGCUCAUCUGUGAAGAUAUUGACGAGUGUAACAGCGGAGACAACCUGUGCCAACGCAACGCCAACUGUAUCAACAUCCCAGGGAGCUACCGCUGCGAGUGCUCACCAGGCUUCAGGCUGUCCCCCAGCGGGGCCUGCGUGGACCGUAACGAGUGCCAGGAGAUCCCUAACGUGUGUAGCCACGGAGAGUGUAUAGACACCCAGGGCAGCUACCGCUGUCUCUGUCACAACGGAUUCAAGGCUACCGCCGACCAGACCAUGUGCAUGGAUAUUGAUGAGUGUGACAGACAGCCGUGUGGGAACGGAACCUGUAAGAACACAGUGGGCUCCUACAACUGUCUCUGCUUCCCUGGCUUCGAGCUCACGCACAACAAUGACUGCAUGGACAUUGAUGAGUGCAGUGCGUUGGUGGGUCAGGUGUGUAGGAAUGGCCAGUGUAUCAACGGCCUGGGCUCCUUCCAGUGUCUCUGUCAGGAAGGCUACGAACUCACCCUAGACGGAAAGAACUGUGUUGAUAUCAAUGAGUGUGUGAGUCUUCCUGGGACCUGCUCUCCUGGAACCUGUCAGAACCUGGACGGAUCCUUCCGCUGUAUCUGCCCCAUUGGAUACGAGGUCCAGAACGACCAGUGUAUAGAUAUCAACGAGUGUGAGGUGGAGCCCAAUAUCUGCCAGUUUGGCACAUGCACCAACACCCCAGGAAGCUUCCAGUGUAUCUGCCAGAAUGGCUUCGUUCUGUCUGACAACGGACGCCGCUGCUUUGAUACCAGAGAGAGCUUCUGCUUCACCCGCUUUGAGUCUGGCAAGUGUUCUGUGCCCAAAGCCUUCAACACCACCAAGGCCAAGUGCUGCUGCAGCAAGAUGCCAGGCGAGGGCUGGGGGGACCCCUGCGAGCUGUGCCCACGCGAGAGCGAGGCGGCCUUUGACAGCCUGUGUCCCUAUGGCCAUGGAGCCCUGCCUGGACUAGGGGACGCCCGUGAGGAUAUGAAUGAGUGUCUGGACAACCCAGGCAUCUGUCAGAACGGUGUCUGUAUCAACACGGACGGAUCGUUCCGCUGCGAGUGUCCAUUCGGCUACAACCUGGACUACACCGGGGUCAACUGUGUUGACACUGAUGAGUGCUCUAUAGGGAACCCGUGUGGUAACGGGACCUGUACUAACGUGUUGGGAGGCUUCGAGUGCUCCUGUCAUGAAGGCUUCGAACCCGGACCUAUGAUGACCUGUGAAGAUAUCAACGAAUGUUCUCUGAACCCCCUGCUGUGUGCCUUCCGCUGUGUCAACACCUUUGGUUCCUACGAGUGCAUGUGUCCCUCGGGCUAUGUGCUGCGAGACGACCUCCGCAUGUGCAGAGACCAGGAUGAGUGUUCAGAGGGGCUGGAUGACUGUGACUCCAAGGGCAUGUCCUGUAAGAAUCUGAUUGGCAACUUUAUGUGUAUCUGCCCCCCUGGCAUGCAGCGCACACCUGACGGAGAGGGCUGCAUGGACCUGAAUGAGUGUCGUGCGAAGCCUGGCAUCUGUAAGAACGGGCGCUGUGAGAACAGAGUGGGAAGCUACCGCUGUGUGUGCAACGAAGGCUUCCAGCCCAGCUCCACUGGAACAGAGUGUAUCGAUAACCGACAGGGCUUCUGUUUCACCGAGGUGCUCCAGACUAUGUGCCAGCAGGGCUCCACCAACAGGAAUAGUGUCACCAAAUCUGAGUGCUGCUGCAACCUCGGACGUGGCUGGGGACCCCAGUGUGAGCUCUGCCCUCUGCCUGGCACCGUGCAGUACAAGAGGAUGUGCCCACUGGGACCCGGGUACACCACCGACGGCAGAGACAUCAAUGAGUGCACGGUGAUGCCAGACCUGUGUAAGAACGGCCAGUGCAUCAACACCAUCGGAUCGUUCCGCUGCCACUGCAACGUGGGUUAUACCACCGACUUCACCGGCACCUCCUGCAUUGAUAUGGAUGAGUGUUUUGCGUCUCCCAAGCCCUGUAACUUCCUGUGUAAGAACACAGAGGGCAGCUACCUGUGCUCCUGCCCCAGAGGAUACACCAUGCAGCCUGAUGGAAAGACCUGCAAAGAUCUGGAUGAGUGUUCCACUAAGCAGCAUAACUGUCAGUUCCUGUGUGUCAACACCAUUGGAGGGUUCACCUGCAAGUGUCCUGCGGGCUUCACCCAGCACCAAACCGCCUGUAUCGACAACAAUGAGUGUAAUGGGCAGAACAGUGUGUGUGGCUCCAGAGCCUCCUGUGUCAACACUCCCGGCAGCUUCAACUGUGACUGUGGGAAAGGCUUCUCUCUGGACACCACUGGCCUGGAGUGUGAAGAUGUGGAUGAGUGUGGUAGUAACCAUCGCUGUCAGCACGGCUGUCAGAACAUGAUGGGAGGUUUCCGCUGUGGCUGUCCUCAGGGCUAUGUACAACACUACCAGUGGAACCAGUGUGUGGAUGAGAAUGAGUGUUCGGGUGCGUCUGUGUGUGGCUCGGCCUCCUGCUACAACACCCUGGGCAGCUUUAAGUGUGUGUGUCCGUCCGGUUUUGACUUUGAGCAGGGAGGGGGCGGGUGCCAGGAUGUCAAUGAGUGUUCCAUGGGCAGUAACCCCUGCAGCUUCGGCUGCUCCAACACAGACGGAGGAUACCUGUGUGGCUGUCCUGGAGGAUACUACAGGGCUGGACAGGGUCAUUGUAUUACAGGCCAGGGCUUCCAGGACCAGUUUAGUUCUGAGGGAGAUGAUGAGGACAGUCUGUCUCCAGAGGCCUGCUACGAAUGUAAGAUCAACGGAGAUGUCGGCAAGAAGGGCCGACACAGACGUCACGCUGCUGGAGACAACGACCUCAAGGAGGUGAGCAUGGCCAGCCUAGACACCCAGGAGUCCAUCCCCAUGAACCUGAGCCUGGCCUCGCUGCACAACAAGGAGCCCCUGCUGGAGCUGCUGCCCGCCUUGGAGCCCCUGGAGCACCAUGUGCGCUACGUCAUCACCCACGGCAACCAGGGCGAGCACUUCCGCCUGCUGGAGCGCCACAAUGGGAAGAGCGUGCUGAGGUUGGGCAGGAAGCCACCUCCCCCCGGCUCCUACCGCCUGGAGAUUGCCAGUCUGCCACUGUUCGGGCCGCGGCGCCUCCGACAGCUGGAAGAUGAACAUGACAGCGACUACCUGCUGGGAGAGAUAGGAGACGCCCUGCGCAUCAAGCUGCACAUCCACCUGCACUGAGCUGCAAGUGCUCCAACCCUCCCUAACCUCCCUCCUUCCCGCCCAUGGACUAACCUUAUAAUGACCCCUCUGACCUUUGACCUUAACCCCAGGACCAUCCAACUAAUUGGGGGCUUUGAAAGACUGAGUCAACCAGCCCAACCACCACUUUUUAAUUGUCAAGUAUUUUAUUUUAUUUGUUACCCUGACUACCCACACCCCGCCUUACUGUAUCUACCCACCCCGGACCCACCCCGCCUACAGAUGUAAGAUCUUAAUUUGAGCCAGUUUGCUACAGCAGGAAAAUAAUCCUGCUGCAACAGGAAAUGUGAAAUA